AUGCCGCUGUCUCUCCGCAAAGAAGGUGAGCGGCGCCUUCGUGGCCGUGUUCUCGUGGAGAAUACGCCGCGCCCACCUUCACCUGAAUGUCGUGGCCUCCUGAGGAAAUUUUGCAGCAGUAGUCGCCCAGGCCUAGCCCAUUUUUUGAGCCUCAUAAAUCGCUUUCUCAGCAUCCAGGGCCGCGGGGCGGCAGCACGGGCGCGGGCCAGUGUGGCCCUUUUAUUUGCCACCGUGCUUGUCGUUCUCUCUCAGACUGCCUUCGUGUAUGGGGCCGGCGGACCGCCACCAUCUGGCGGUGAAUUGCCGCCUCGAAGGGAAAAUCAGUCUGGAACUCCCGUAAAUGUUGCUCAGCAUCAUCGAACGUUAGGGCUGCGUACACGAUCGCGGCAGUAUUUUGUAGAUGCACCGGACGGCGGUCCAGACGCUCAUCCGCCAAGCGGAGAUAACCAUGAGGCACCCGCACGCCCUCUAUCUCUUCCAGGACGCGUGCUGCGGAGUGGGAAUGCGCAAUCUAGUGAGCCAAAUGGGCAGGGCCUUAAUAGGUGGGGGCCGGGUAUGGGAAAACCUGCAUCAAUGGUGCCCCCUGGCGUUGUCCACCCGCCGGGGCGGCGGCGUCGGUGGGCCCACGGCUCCUCGCACGAAGGCGAGCGGGCGCGCGGGAAACAGAAAGGGAAGGGUUCACAGACUCACGCGGAGGCAACUGCAGGGCCACGACAGCAGCAUCUGGAAGGGCCGCCUGAAGAGGAGUCGAAAGGGGGGCCAAGUCACAGUGAAGAGGAGGACGGGCGGCCCGGUCCUGCUGCGGUGGAGAAGCGGGGGGAGUUUUCCUUAGAUGCUGCUGCUGAGAAGUCCAGUGGUAGCUCCGCGCACACUACUGUGCAUGGGAGCGACGAGGAUAUGUGCACGACGGUAGGCAAUAGCCCUAGCGGUCGUGCCCACGAACUUCCCGCACAAGUGAGACAACAAGGUGAAGAUGUAUCAUCUGGCUCCAAAACUGCCGAGAGCACCAUCUGUGCAGCAGUGGAGCUUAGCGCCGGACGCGAGAAAGAUACUGAAGGUGGAGAGGCAAGCUCACCCUCUUUCCAUACGUCUGUUGGGGAAGCAAGUGUACUAGCCUCUUCUCAUACGUCCGUCUCUGGUGGUGCCGGUUCUCCGCCGCGCCCCGGGGUCCCCGCUGGUGCGUUUCUUGGGGCAGGUGACCGGCGGGAGGACAGGCUGAGACCUCCUGCUCCCUCGAAGCCCCCAGCAGCAAUCCGUUCCCUACUGCCGGUCUACUACGAUGAAGCUACGGGGUUGUCCUGGGGUGUUCCACGCACCAGUUGUGAGGGCGCACGCACAAGUGAUUCACGUGCAUCGGUAUGGAUGCCUCCUCAUCAUGCAGGUGCUGCCCAGCACGUCGCGAGCGCUCCUUUCUCAAGAAAGGAAGAUGCAGAGCUGGCUUUUUUUUCUUCCACGGAGGGAGAUGAGAGACCACGUAACGCUACGGCACAUACGGGCGCGAGAGGUGAAGCACAGUUGGUUUUCUCUUCUACCGGGGGAUAUGAUACACCACCUGAUGCUACGGCACAUACGGGCGCGACAGGUGAAGCGGCAGAGCUGGCUAUUUCUUCUACGGGGAUGGAUGAGAGACCACCACGUGACGUGACGGAUACGGGCGCGACAGGUGAAGCAGGACAGCUGUCUUUUUCUUCCACGGGGGGAGAUGAGAGACCACGUGAGGUUACGGCACCUAGACCGCGUGAAGUUCUGGCACAUACGGGCGCGACAACCGGUGGGGCGCCAGCAGCGGAGACCGAGAAGCAUUCACACAAUUUGCCGGGAUUUGGUUUGUGCGGGGACGGCGAUGAGGGGCCACGGGAGACAACAACGACGGAGACUCCCAUGAGCUCUGAGGAUCUCUCUUACGACGCGAACAACGAGGAGCUGCGCACGGUCAACUUGGACGUGCUUGCAUGGAAUUUUUUGGCUCCUCCUCGUCGUCCCGCCGCCAUAACGAGAACAAGCGGCGGAACAUCUGUUUCCCCAAAUUCUAGUCAGGAUCCUAAUUGUCAAGCUGCCACGCAUGCAGAAUUCGUCGGAGGCGAGAAUGCAAACAGUGCCGUCUCGUUUCCGUCUUGCCAGGCAGACGCCAGCCAAACCGCGGUUGCUGAGCAGCGCGGGAGAGGCGGCGUGUCGACCUCCGCCUGCCUGCAAGGGCCUCCUCAGGGCUCGUCAUCUGGCGUUGUAUACCAGUACCUUCCGGGUGAGGGGGGGCGGCAUGCCUGCUCGCCUGGCGGCCACGAUAGUACUCCGGUGAUUGCAGCGGUGCAGAACGUCUUAGGCGACAGUAGUGAGGAUGACCGUUCUCCCAUGGAUCAUCUCGACUUUUACGCCAAGCAUAUCACAUGUCCUCCAGACAGCACAGCCCAGGAGCCUAAUUCAAGAACACCCGCGUCAUUGCCGCACUCAUUUGCCCACUCCUCUGGCGGAGGCCGCCAUCAUAAAGACUCUCACGCCUGUGGCCCGGGGAUCCACGCCUAUGACCCAGCGUCCACGUCUUACUGUGGGCGCACGGCUUUUCCUGCUUCUGCGGAGGUCGGUACGUUGCAGAACGCUGAUGGUAUCGCACAUGCAGCUACAGGUGACAAUGCUGGUGCCGUUGAGCAGCAACAAGAAAGUGGAGCUUACGCGUCCGGUUAUUACGACGAUCCCCUGGAAGGGCCAUCGUCCCGCUUUCCUUCUGGCCACAGUAGUACCGGAGAAAGUCCAGCUUUUAGCACCCACCGCUGCGCUGAUGGGCCACCGGGAAUGCUGCCAUGGAGCCUGGAGGAGGUAGACUCUUUCCUAGCAAACGAGGGUGAGCGGGGAGGGGGCCAGAACGCUUCACGGGCUCUGGAGUAUUUCGCGAGAGGGGACGAUUCCAGCGAAGGACAGCGUUCCCGUCCUGCUGCAGCUGCUACAGCGGCAUGGCAGUCGUUACAACCCUUUGGUGCGCAGCGGACAGACCCGUUGGUCUUACCAUUCACAGGUGGGGCACAGCAGAGGGGCCCGUGGGUCUCCCCAUACACAGGUGGGACACAGCAGACAGAAAGAACGGACGGCUUCUCAUACACAGGUGCACAGCAGACAGAAAGAACCGGGGACCCCCUAUACACAGGUGGAGCACAGCCGCCAGCAGCCUGGGGCUCCCAGACAGAAGCCGAGGACCCCCUCGGAGGAUGCGGUGGAGCCGGCUCUGGUGACUCGGGGGGCGGCGGAUCUUGUGGCGGUCGGUUUGCUGGUAGUUCUGCUGCUGCCGCGUGGGAGGCCGCGGACACGGCCGCUAGGCCAUAUACAGACGCAGCACCCUGUCUUACGGAUAGCUGUGAUGCUUGCACAGUGAUUAGAGGAGCUGCUGUAUCGGUGUGCCAAGCUGCUGCGGCCUUAAGACGGGCUACAAAUGCGCUCGUGGUUUCAGCUGCCCGGCAUCAGCACGGUCGUCCGGCUACCGUGGGCCCCGCGCGUCGGGAAGGUGCCUACAGCUUGGCGGGGCACCCUCGAUAUAGAGAUAUGCCCACUAUAUUUCGUGGAUCUCGACAAAGUUAUGUUCAUCCCGUACCAGGCAGCUCCAGGCGUGCUAAGUUAGCUUCAUAUACCCCCACCGGCGAAUUUGCUGUUUCGGCCGGGAGGGCGCGGAAAUGGGAGGACGCAGAAGUCCCGGCGGAUUUGGCGGCUAGAAGCGGUGGCUCUGAUGUCUGGAGGGACACUGGACGUCCGCCCGCCGCCGGUGGUAGUGCUCGUACUGCUGCGGCUACUACUACCGCUACUUCUGCUGGCAGUAGUUCUGCCACUGUUACGGCUACUGCUGGCAGUAGUAGUACUGCUACUGGUGGAAGUACGGGUGCUACUCCUACUCUUACUGGCACUACCGCGCGCCCUGGUGACGGCGCCACCGGUAGUAGUUGCACGCCUGGUGUUGCUGCUACCCAGCACUUCCGUCCUGUUAUUGCAUCUGGUACCGCUACUGGCGGGGCUAAGGGCACGGCUCCUGCUAGCGUUAGUAGUUUUGGUGCCGCAACUACGUCGCGCGGUGGCAGCAAGACGGCUGCUGCGCCGAGGGUGGGUAGUACGGCGGGCGAAGGGAAGAUGGCGAAGAAGAAGAAACUAAAUAAAGGAGAAGCGGGUAAAUCAAGAGGAGACGGGGAACGAGGUUUCGGCCUUCCGCCCAGAGGCGCGCUUUGCGCGCAGGGGGAGGAGGGGGCCCCCCCCUUCUCUCUUUUGUUUGAUGCUAUAGCUGAGGCAGCCGUGGAAAUAGCGCAUGAAAACAUGCAACUGGAGAACAGCAUCAUGGAGGCGUUUCUGGAGCUCGUUGGGGCUCUCGGGACUCUUUCCCCCGCGUCUGUGGAAGCCGCUAGGAAGUCUAUGAAACGAUUUGCGUGCUGGCGGAUGUAUUGUGUGACACUCGUGCGUGCUCUAUCUCUCGCGCCUGUGUCUCCUCUGUUACCUUCACAAGUGACCGCUCUGGUGGAGACGGCGUCAAGCUCGGACGUGCCACUGCCUUUGCGUUGUAGGGCAGCGCUCCGCUUAACGUUUACGUGUCUCAUUGCUGCAACAUACGCAAGUGGAAUGGGGCCACUUGUGGAUACAGGUUUAGCAGGUUUGCGGGGCUUUGAGGCGUCUAUUGUGGCGAAAAAAGAGGAUGACGAUAAACUCGUAAAGGCGACGCUACCCCAGUGUCGCAGAAGUUUCGACGCUAUGUUUUUAGUGCUCGAAUGUUCUCCUUUUCGUCCCUCUAUACGUUGUGGCGACUUCAUAGAUCUCUUUGGUAUGCACUACAACUGGGUCAUAGGCUUGGGCUUCGGGGCGCGUCAUGCGCGGCUCCUCCUGCCGGCCGUUCUCUCUGAGAACUGCCGUCUCCUUCGCGAACCUCUGGUGCGGCACCUGCAGGAGACGCCUCGAGGCCCACGCUAUAGAAGCAUUAGUAGCUUACUAUGGACACGAGACGCACGUGAGAGGUACCUGGAGCUUCUGCGUGUAUUAGAAGCCAGGGGUUGCCUUACACGUUCCCCCCAUGUCUCUAAAACCGCCCCUACUAAAUCUACCUCAACAGGUGCUACUACUACUGUCUCCACCUCUGCAGAUGAUGGUGAGGGCAGGCAUACGAGUCUUCCACGCGCUGCUGCUGCCCCACAUGCGGCUGUUGGUGAGAGGAGGGUGGAGGACGGCUCGGGGGGCAGCGGGACGGGGAGUAGUUCCGAGUUUGAAGAAGGCGAAGAGGAAGGGGAAGAAGACGAAGAAGAUAACGACAGCGCCGACGCCAGUGCUACGGAAGAAGAGGAAGAGGAGGGAGAGGAAGAGGAAGACGAAGUGACUGGGGGAGCCCUCCGUGCCCGCCCUUUGAAGAAUCGUCCUCCUCGUAAGAGAGUAAGACACAGGGGGCGUUUUGCUUGCUGCGGUGUUGUCACGGUAGAGGGCGGGGAGUUGCCCAUCUUUACGUUUAGACGUACUCGCAAAAAUAAUACAUGCAUUGGGCUUACGCGAAAGUGUAAUUGCCCACCGGGAGACAAGUUUGAGGUGCCUGCUGAGGCGGAGUUAGAGGAAGAAUGGAGACAACGAGAUAAAAAAGUGGACCCAAGCGGGGACCGCCCGGAUGCUACGAGCUUCUAUACUAUGCGUGGCGCCUUGGGGGCUGGUCAAGGUUUCUGCUGCGGUAGUGCGGCAGCAACUGCUGUGGAAAUUUCUAUAGAUUGCGCAGAAGCUCUGACGCGGGGUUAUACGUACUGCUUCGAGUAUCCACACGAAAGGGGAUUUGUAGUCAGAAGGAAAGCUGACCAACGGACUUCGCGUUCUCGCAUGACGGCUUACUGUUUACGUCUGACGGAAAUCCUGCAGGAAGCCCGGCGCAGAAAACUUACUACGCAUCUGGAGACGCUGUUCGCAGCCAUGUUGCACGACCCCCGCCAUGCGACCGUCAUCACCCACAACGUCGCCCUCUGGUACGACUGCUACUGCUGGUGCUUCUCCUCCUCCUCCUCCUCCUGCUUUUCGUCCACCACCAUGGCGGACCUCUGA